CAAAACGCAAGUCUCCGUGACAGUGGCAGCGUAUACGUUCUCAAAGGUACCACUUAAUUUCCCUGACAAAUGAAAAUGAACUAACAGGUUCUUAAGAAAUCUUCAUAAAUUUUGUUCUCAUAUCCAGCAAAAAAAAAAUUCACUUUCAGGUUUUGGAAACAUUUAGUUAUCGAUUCUUUUUAAGAGAAUGAAUAACAAGGUUAAGGCCUACACAUAUAUUUGUCUUGGUAAAACCGGCUCUGGGAAAAGCUCUUCGUGUAAUAUGAUUCUUGGCGAAAAUAAAUUCUUUGUGUCAGACUGUGGAAUGUCAGUCACGUCUGCUUCAAAAGUGGACAAGUCCACUAAACAAGGUUAUAUUUUCACUGUAGUUGACACCCCCUGUGUUAUGGACUAUGCCUUGACCAGCGAUCGUGUCCAGAAGAAAAGUUGGGAUGAAAUGAUUCAAUGCAUAAAUCACUCCCCAGAGGAGAGCAAAUCAGCUUUUCUGUUAGUCCUGAAAUACGGAGAUCGAUUUACCGAAGAGACCAGAAAGUGUGUGGACAUCAUAGAGACAAUAUUUGGAGAUCAAUGCCUGGAAAAAUCUUGUAUCGUUGUCUUCACUCAUGGGGAAGUUUUUGAUAUAAACAAUGAGGAAACAAAUAUUUCCUUUGAAAAUUGGUGCCGGAGUCAACAUGGAGACCUAGGGCUUCUAUUACAAAGAUGUGAACACAGGUGCAUAUUAUUUCGAAAUAAAAAUAGAGACUCAGAAGUCAGCAGACAACAGAUUGAAAGGCUCAUCCAAAUGACAGACAAACUUGAUGAAAGUUAUACACAAGAGAAAUUCGACCACGCUAGAAAGAAACAUAAAAGACUACAUUUAGACUCUAAAUUACCAGAACUGUUAAAAGAAUAUGACUCUCAACUGAAUGAAUUACAAGAUAAAGUAAAUACUAAUUUACUUCAUAAUCAAUGCGUGCAAGAUCUAAUUUACUUGGAAAAAGAAGUCAAUAAAAUUGUUUCAAAACUACAAUCAGAAGAUGAGGGGAUUUAUUACAUUGACGGUGAAUUGAGUUUAUUUCAUCAGCAAAUAUCAAGAGUCAAACAGCUGUUAAAACAAAUUCAUCUUCAAAAAGUUUACAAGAUUAAAGAUGAAUUGACAAGAUCUAUUGUGACGUUUCUGUCAAAAGUACGUCAUUGCGAGAUAGUAAGUGCACUUGAUCAACUCGAGGGAUGUGUAUCACAAGUGUUCGCAAAAUAUUUAGAUUUCGGACUUGUUAUUGAAGUUGUUGAUAAAGUAAAUGUAACAUUAGGUGUUGAUGAAAAGGUCAUGGACUGGGAAAAAGAAGAUGUCCUCAUUUUUGACGAUGCUAUAAUCUUGAUAGAAGAACUCAAUAAAUCAAUAAUGGAGAAAAGAAAAGGUUUGACUGUUGACGUCAAGUUGGAAGACUUUAAAAAGAAAAUAGAAUCUCUCGAAAAAAAGCUUAAAGCCAUUUCCGCGUCGGAGACAAACAGCGAAGUAGCCAUACUGAUCAGAGAUAAAGCAAAAGACCUUUUGGUGACGGUUGACCAGAAUCAGUGUUUUGAGGAAUUGCGAGAGAGAGUCUUGGAGCUCCAAGACGAGGCCGUGAUGAAGGUUGAGCAAUGCAAGAAAAACAACCGUGACGUCAUUCUUGAUGCUGGGGUGUCCACAGUAACUGGUGCGAUGGGUGUCGCUGGUCAGGUAGCAGAAGUGAGUGAUCAUUCCGUAGCGAGAAUUUUUAACAAAGCCAUGCCAGGGGCAAUAACAACGACUAAAUCAUUUUUCGACAUUGUUAAACGGAAACUGACUUGAUGUACAUUCUAUUUUUAAAACACAAUGAGGAAUAUAAAAUACUGUAUACACAUUAAACGUUAGCUAAAACAGUUGGAUUUCUUUGGACAAUAACACAGCAGCCUUUUUUAAAAUAAACCUUUUUAGUAUAUUAUUAUUAUAGCUUUUAUAUUGCGCUACUUUCAUGCUUAUAGUAUGCUCAGAGCGCUUUUGGUCGAAUCGUACGCGACAUACAGUGGGAAUGAAGAGGGGGUAUCUAGGAGUUGGUUUUCCGUGCUGCCUUUAGGCGCUCAGUAAACACAACUCUGCCCGAGUCGGGUGUCGAACCUCGAGCCCCCUUCUAGGUAGCCAAGUCAAGCCAAGUUCAAGCGCACUUGGCCUCUCGAUCACGCUUCCCAUUUCGUGACCAAUUAUUAUGAUAAUUAAUAGUCUAUGUGAGUUACCUAAGAUUGUUCUAGAUACCAUUACAUUACAAUAGUGUGAAAGGGAUAAUAUGCAAUUUUAAUGUGAUGUUACAAAGCUUAUAUCAACUCACUCUGUUUGUCUUUCUGUAUGGUAAAAAGUUAGUCCCCGUUAUUUUCAUCCACACCCAAUCUCGGAUUGGUUAAGUAAUUAUUUUUGCUAUGUAUCUUAAACAAGGGAAAUAAACCACACUUGACAGAUGUGGCGAUAAAAGGUGAAUUGGUCCUCUUGAGAACUCUUGAGGUCUGAGUAAAUUUUUUUUAAGCAUUUAAAAAUGUAAAUGUAAACAUUCACCAAGAUACCCCCUUCUUACCGUCCCGAAGGCGGCUCAAAGGUCCUUGUUGGUUGGUAGGAAAUGUUUGGUAAAAAUUGAUCAGUCUUUUUUAAAUAUAUUUUAAGCACAUCAAACUUGGAUAUGACUUUACAUGUCAAAAGACCGUUUUGUUUUUACAUUUCCAAGCAAUGAAAACGAGGCCGAUGUGCCAAUUUCAUAUUCUAUGUAACUACUAAAUAACAUAACUAUAAUUCCGAAAAUUAAUCAAGAACUCAUCCUCUUUAUGUUUCUAGUGUGUCAAAAAUAUGUUUUGGCGACUCUUUGUCCUGUAUUCCCACCUACAUUAACUAUUUUAUAAAAAAUAUAUUUAAAAAUUUGUGUUCUUUUUUUAUAUCAGGAUUUAGAAUGAUGUUUGUAUUGCAUUAUGUGGCUGAGGGGUAAAACGCGUGGCUUUCGAACCGAGAUUUAGAGGGGCGCCCCUGAAUCCACCAAAGCUCUAACAGGUACCUGACAUUAGUUGUAAAGGCGAUGUAGUUGUUUGCUUUUGAACUAUGUCACGAAUGAUAAUAUCUUCACGUUCGAAGAUCAGGUAGAAAGUGUGGCAUUUCAAGUGGCAAGGCAGACCCAGUGUAACUCACAAAUAUUCCCACAUCCAACGAAGACAAAGAUAUUGCCUGCUAGAUGUCAGUACUAUCCUUUAUUAGCUAUUGAUCUGGUUAAAAAACAAAUUGAAUAAUUUGAAAAAAAAAGAGAUAAUCAGGAUAAGAUUGUACUUUGUUAUCAAAUCUUUAGAAGUAUUGGCCUUACAUCUGAUUUUCUAUUUUUAGUAGAUAUUUUUGUUCUAGUCUUCGAUUCCAGAUAUUAAGAAUAUAAUAUACAUUGAUGUAAAAAAUUACAUUGAGAAUUGUUGAAAAUACAAAGUCAAAGGAUAUUACUAAUUUUAAUGUUAAAGUUCCGAUACAUUGAUGAAAGAAACUACGAGACGGUGUGGCCAGGUCGCCAAGUAGACUGAGUGUCAACCUGUUCAGGCAUUGCGGACAUAUAAAUUGCAAACAAACUUGCUAUAAUAAACUUGCAUAAACCAACUUCAUAAUUUCCACUGAUGUGUUGAGAGUCGAUUAGCACGUCACCGAUGUCAAGGUAAUUUCAUGGUUGAAAGAACAGCGAUAAAAAAGCGGGGUUCGCGAGGUCGCUCUAGAGGGUAAGUUGGUGCAAGUUUAACAACGCUAUGUCACGCGACACGUUACUUGCUGGUGUAAAGAAUGUUUAAGCCUAUUAGUGUCAUACGUGGAGACGCGGUGGCUGAGCGGUAAAGCGCUUGCUUCCAAACUGAGGGUCCUUGGUUCGAAUCCUGUUGAAGACGGAUUUUUAUUUUCGGGAUCCACUUUAUCAGAGGUCUCUGAAAUUAAUUGGGGUUGAGCUGACCACAUGACACCUUCGUAGGCCACAGGAAACAGAGGACCAUAACACCUAUCUACCCUAUAGAUAGCAAAAUCUGAAAGAGAAAUUUAGAUUCAUAUGUGUGUAUGGUUUAAAACUGUUUCCUAACAUAUGACAAUAAAAAGUUCUUUUCAUGCUCAGUGUUUACGAUAUGCAAUCUAGGCCUACCAUAUGACACAACUGCCUUGUUAUUUUAUAGACAUACAUAACAAG